AAUAAGUUAUUGUGAAUCAAUUUUUUUUGAAAAAUUUAUAGAAAGAAAGAUUAUCUGAAUUAUAGAGAAAGAGGUGGUACCUCAUUUGAUUACUUCACAAACAAAAUAAACAAACCAAAGAGAUAAAAAAAAAAAAAAAAAAAAUCCGUCAGCAAGAAAUUCUUACGAAGAAGUUUCUAACCCUAACCCCCGAUUACAAUUUUCAAUUCUUUCUCUAAAUUUUCAUUCCAACUUUUCAUUCAAAAAGUCAGCGAAUCAUAGUUUCGUUUUCCAGCAUCAAUUUACUUCUCCGAAUUUGAGUAGCAGAAAAGUAAAGUGCGAGAAACGGAUUGCGAGCAAAUGUAAUGUUUCACGAGACCGGAAAUUUGGAUUGUCCAUGAAAUUGAAGAUCACAGUAUCACUCCAUUGGGGCAUCUACUAAAUAUGUUCUACUAUGUUGGUAUAACUUUGCUGAAGGGACAAAGGGCGCUUCAUGGAAUUAUUCUGUAAAUACGGCUCGUCAAUUUGUGGUUAUUACACACUGGAUUUAUUCAUCUCUUCUCCUUUCUCUCUCCUGCUAGCUUCUCCAAUGGCCUGUUUGUGACCUUCAAGUCCCCUCCCCCUCUUCCUGUCAACACAAAACCAUUAGUAAUGGAGGGCAGCAUACUUGAUUCUCUCGGCACAGAACUAAUCGGGGUAAUGUCCCCUGUCUCAAUCUGUAUGUUCUUGGUCGUUCUAUUAGUCUCCACCCUCUAUCCUCCUUCUUCUUCCCCUUCCCCAACCCCCAUCAUUACUGCUGCUAAUCUCGUCUACUCAGAAAACCCAUCUGAUUCCACAACUCAAAAACUUGAAGGCUCUCUUCUAAACGCUGCUGUUUUUAUUAUCCUCAUUGCAGCAAUCACCUUCGUCCUCGUUCUCCUGUACUACUAUAACUUUACAAACUUCCUCAAACACUAUAUGCGCCUUUCUUCUUUCCUCAUCCUCACCACCAUGGGGGGUGCCAUUUUUCUCUCCCUCAUCCGCCAUUUCUCUCUCCCCCUAGAUGCUCCCACUUGUUUUCUCUUUCUUUUCAAUUUCUCUGUCCUCGGGGUUAUCUCAGUAUUUGGAAGGGGGGUUCCAAUUAUCAUUACCCAAUCGUAUACUGUGAUUUUGGGAAUUAUUACUGCUGCUUGGUUCACCCAGUUGCCUGAAUGGACUACCUGGGUUUUGCUGGUUGCUUUAGCACUUUAUGAUCUGGUGGCAGUUUUAGCUCCUGGCGGCCCGUUGAAGAUUCUUGUGGAGUUGUCUCAGUCAAGGGAUGAUGAUCUUCCAGCUUUAGUCUAUGAAGCUAGGCCUACGGUUUCCAGGUCUAAUGGUGGAGGAAGAAGAAAUGGGGGGUUGGGGCUUUUGGUUGGUGGGGUGUCGGAUAAUUUGUCUGUGGAGCUUCAGAAUUUGUCAAGAACCAAUGAGGAGGAGAUUGAUAUUGAGGAUGAAAGAGAUAGAACGAGGUACGAAGGGGGCAGUGAUCAAGGGGAAACAACACCGUUGGUGGUAGCAAAUUCUAGUGAGAUUGACGUGGUGGAUGAAGAGAGAUCACCCCUUGUGGAGAUGCUUGCUGGGGAGGGGAGAGAUGGUGGUGAGGCUGAUGAGGAGGCCAUGACCCGCGGUGUUAAACUUGGACUUGGGGACUUUGUGUUUUACAGUGUGCUUGUGGGCAGAGCUGCAAUGUAUGAUCUUAUGACAGUAUAUGCUUGUUACCUUGCUAUCAUAACAUGGAUUGCUUGUACUCUCAUUUUAUUGUCUGUGUGCCGUCGAGCUCUACUGGCCUUGCCUAUUUUCAUCGCUCUAGGGAUAACUUUUUACUUUUUGACUCGAUUGUUAAUGGAACCAUUUGUUGUUCAGACGUCAACAAAUUUAUUGAUGUUCUGAACUCUCUCUCCCCCCCCCC